AUGAAAGAAAGAUUGUUCACUAUCACAGUUAAGCGAACUCACCAUUCCAAACUUUCUAUAGACAAUAUGAUGAAAGGUAACAUUUCAUUGCCCUUUUCACUUCCAAAUGCCACCGGCUUAUUUAUACUUCUGUAAAACGGCAACAGAAAGAGUAGAACGUUUUCCGGCACGACGUAGGUAGCCGGUUCCACAAAGAGGAACCAAUCAGCCUUCGUCCAGUGGUGUACGAAUGUGACGCGAAAAGCCUCCCACCAGUAUGAAAGUUCAUUUGUAUGCUUGUACAAGGAAAAUGAUUUGCAUCGUGAAGCCCAAAUCUUGCUGGCAUUAAGUGACCGAUUUCUAGUAUUGUUAUCCGUCAAGAGCACACAAUGCAGACGUAUAGUUUUAUUAAGAAUAUCCGCUACUGAAAACAGGUAG